AUGACUCCCGUCGCUGCCCAUACGACGGGCGCUUCCGAUGCCGCCGCAGCCCUAAGAGGUGCAACUCUCGCCUUCAACAAGAACAAAAAACCAGCUCCGCCGCCGCCGCCGCAGAAAAAUAACGGUGCGCUGACUGCGGCAACGUCAGCUGGUCGUCCACGAAGCCCCGUUAAGAACAUCGGGGCGCAAAGCACUGGCGGAAGCACAACCGAUGCUGAACAAAACGGUCAGAAUGGAGGCUCCAUAUCUACCAGGCUGAAGCAGCUGAGCGCCAGUCCGGGCCAGCUUCAUCCGAGUGCAGCCGCAGGGAGGGCAGAUCCUAAGAGUGCCAGCUUCAUCGCUGCCACACUGGCUGCCAGUCGAAGUGCUAGCCCGAGCCCCAAAGCGCGAACGCCGCGGAGGAGAACAAGCAUUGGAGGUUCAUCAAGCAGUGGUGAUAUAGUCGACGCAGGGUCUAUUCCACCUACUGGGUCACUUAUCUCCAUGUUUGAGCAAAGUCGCACAGGCGAUCCUGUGAAACGUGACUCUCCAAAGAGAACUCCCAUAAAACCAAGGGGACUGGAUAGGAAUAUCUCAGAAGAGCGAAUCACACGCACCGAGGAGGGAUCCUCUUUGGACUUGAAACCGAAGCCCAAGCCUAAGCCAAAACCUCGACCUUUUACACCAGAACCUCGGAUGCCGAGCAGACCAGCCCCAGAGGUACUGUCACCUAAGCCAUCACGUCCUCCAAAGCCAGUCCUGCGGCCAAAAACACCACCUCAGAUUAUCACUCGCCAUGCAACCCAAGUCUUAUCACCGCCAUCACCAGAUCCUCCAAAACGCAGCCCCAAACCCAGAGUAGAACCAAAGCAACGGCCACCAACGCCGCCACAGCCUAGAGGAGCAAGCAAAGCAAAAGUAGAGUCCAAGAGUGCUUUACAAGACAAACCACUUGCCAUCACACAAAAGCGUCCCGCUCCCCAGCUAGAGGCUCGACUAUCUCGACCUAGGCCCACUCCGCCUACUCCUACAGAGGCACGUCCAACAUCAGCUCUUACAGUAUCUUCAGACGAUACUUUCGUCUCUGCAUCCUCUGUACAGUCGCCUGCAAGGUCGCCUACAAGGGAAUCCCCCCCGAUUUAUCACCUGAGGCGGCACUUUACGGGUAGUAACUCGCCAUCGCCAACUCGAGAUUUUAGACGUAGCCACCUUAAAAGUUCAUCAGUCACAAGUCUUCCACUCGAGUCCCUCACCAGCGCAAUUGUUGCUGGUUCACUUGCAUCAGCUCGUUUAACACCGCACAAUACAGGGGGUAGCCUGGCUCCGCCAGUUCCACGACGGCAAAAGUCACCUCGAAUGAUGCAAACGUUACGGCAACCGCCCAAGCCCCUUGAAGAAGAUACAGACCGUCACAAAAAGAAAGGUCUGAAACUUCACAAGGGAAAACAUGCACACCAUGAAGGCGCUCGCAAGAAGUGGAGAGAAGAAGUGACGCCCCGCGAACGGAAACGAUACGAGGCAGUAUGGGCCUCAAAUCGCGGGGUUCUUCUCGACCUGCCCAACGCUCCUAUCGAAGCCAUGAAAGGAGAUUCUUCAGACCACGUUCUGAACACGGUUGUUCGCGAGAUCUGGAAGCGCUCGCGUCUACCGGUCGAUGAACUGGCUGAGGUUUGGGAUCUGGUUGACCGCCAAGGUGAAGAUCCCGACCAAAGUAUGAUUGAGUCAGUUUCAAAGUAA